AUGGGGCUCAUAGGCGGCAUCUCUCCUGGCGGGAGCAUUGCUCUCGGAAUUAUAGUCGGUCUUUUGUCCACGAGCGUUCAGAGCCUAGGUCUCACACUUCAACGAAAGUCGCAUAUCCUCGAAGACGAAAAGGCACCCUACGAUGUGAGACGGCCGCCAUACCGGAGGAGGAGGUGGCAGGUGGGAAUGGGCAUGUUCAUCAUAUCCAACGUAGUCGGAAGUUCGGUUCAAAUAUCUACGCUCCCGUUGCCGGUUCUGUCGACACUUCAGGCCUCGGGCCUAGUCUUCAACUCGAUUUGCGCCACCCUCAUACUCGGAGAACCGUUCACAAGGUGGUCACUGUGGGGGACAUUGCUUGUUUGCGGCGGAGCCGUCUUAAUCGCUAUCUUCGGCGCGAUCCCGUCACCGGCGCACAAGCUGAGUGAGCUGUUGGACCUCUUGGGGAGACGACCGUUCGUGCUCUGGAUGUCCUUCCAGGCGGUCUUCGUCGUCGGCCUCGCAGUCGCCACCGAGCUCGUGAGCCACUUCACGACGCUGAUGCAAGACCCCCGAUUCCGCCUCGCGCGAGGCUUCUCAUACGGGUGCAUAAGCGGCACCUUAUCUGCGCACUCUCUUCUCGUGGCCAAGUCAGCCGUUGAGCUGAUCGUCAGGACGAUCGCCGAUGGCGACAACCAGUUCAUCCACUGGCAGUCGUGGAUGCUGGUUAUCGCGCUCAUUACUCUCGCGCUGACUCAACUCUAUUAUCUUCACCGAGGCCUCAAGCUAGUCUCGACAUCCGUUCUAUAUCCGCUAAUAUUCUGCAUUUACAACAUCAUCGCGAUCCUCGACGGGCUCAUCUACUUCCGCCAGACCGACCUCAUCAACCCCUUACGCGCAUGCCUCAUCACUCUCGGGACCGUCAUCCUUCUUACAGGUGUGCUUGCGCUGUCAUGGCGUCUCAGUGAUGAGCAGCACACUCCGGGCGUUGGGCAGUCAACCUUGGCACCCGGUCUCGGACUCAUCGAGGAUACGGACGGCGAAGAAGAUGGCGAAGAGGUUUCGUUGCGCUCUGCGCUCCUCGAUGAAACUGGGGGCGCAUCAUCAACACAAUCCAACUAUCAAACGUUUGCGGUACCUCAAUCUCCCGAUGUUUCCAUGGCCCCAGCCGCUGCCGAGCCCCAAAGACAAAGCUCGAUGACCCGCGCUACAAGGGCAGCCUCGUCCCGUUGGGCGGAACAAGCCGAGAUAUGGGAUGAGCUCGAGGACCGUAGCACUCCGGAACCGACGUCCCCCGCGUUCAGCAGGCGUCGAUCGACCACUCUACCCGGUCAUCGACAUUCACUCUCGUUCACAACAAGACGAGUGACAACGGAGGGCGAAGGCACCGAAGAAAGCCAACCACUUAUGCCGUCACAGAGGGUAAAUCUCAAGAAGCGGCGUAAAUCAACUGGUUUCCCAGGUUUCACAGCUAGGAAAACCACGGCCAGAAAGUCGUCAGGUGGCUUUCAAGGUCUGGCGAGAAAUGUAUUUGGCUUGAAAUGGUGGGGGAAUAAGCCUAGGCCAAUGGGACUGACGGGCUCUCCGAGGGCGAGUUCUGCAAGUUGGACAGCAGCUCCCUCCUGCAGGGAGGAUUUGGAGGCCGGGCUGGCAGGCCCUUCCUCAGAGGAGAGGCCGCCGCCACCGGUAUUUGACUCGAGGCCAGAUCAGGGGCCGGGGCCGGGGAGGACGAAACGGGAUGAUUCCCCAGUUUAA